GUUAUGAAAAACCUAGUGUGGACACGGACACCAAAAGCAGAGCAAAGAAGACUUUUGUAAGAAGAAAAAAACAGAACCUAGAGAGAGAGAGAGAGAGAGAGAGAGAGAGAGAGAGAUGUCGUCAUCUUUGAGCAACGACGAGUCAGGACUCGGUGAGUCAAACCCUUCGACGGGUGGUGAUGGUGGUAACUACACGGCUUACGAGUCUCGAUUCCAGUCUCAGCGGUUUGACUCGUCCUUCUCUGAUUUUGAUGCUCAACCGGAGAAAGAGUUACCAGGCGACGAUUCGUCUCCUCUGUCCAAUCAAGGGGAUUUACCGGAGACUCAAACUCCGCCGUUCAUAAACGGUUCCGAUGCUACGAACGGUUCGAUUUUGCCGCCUCCAUCGGAUAUGGAGAAAGAAGAGGGUUUUGCUCUUAGAGAGUGGCGAAGGCUAAAUGCUCUGAGAUUGGAAGAGAAAGAAAAGAAAGAGAAAGAGAUGGUUCAGCAAAUUAUAGAAACAGCAGAUCAAUACAAGGCUGACUUCUAUAGCAAGCGUAACGUUACUAUUGAAAACAACAUGAAAUCUAACCGCGAGAAAGAGAAGUUGUUUUUGGAGAAUCAAGAAAAGUUUUACGCUGAAGCUGACAAAAACAAUUGGAAGGCGAUUGCGGAACUCAUUCCUCGUGAAGUACCAGUUAUAGAGAGUAGAGGGAAGAACAAGAAGAAGCCAGCUAUAACUGUGAUCCAAGGACCAAAGCCUGGGAAGCCCACUGAUCUGUCUCGUAUGCGUCAAGUGCUCACGAAACUCAAACACAAUCCACCAACUCAUAUGAAGCCAAAAUCACCCUCACCAUCCGGAGCUGACUCGAAUGUGAUCAGUGAACAGGUCACAGCUACAGAGAAGUUGUAGUUUAUGUUUGUGCGACAAGUUAACUUCUUCUUUAUUUUGCGUAAACCGUCUUUUGAUUUGUUAAGCUUCCACAUGUUCAGUCCCGAAUUUUGCUUGUUUUGGCUUACGCCUAUGGUCUUACUCUUUAGUCUUUACCAUUGUUGGCUUUUUCCCAUACAGUUUUCAACUUUGAUGUACAUUAAUAUAAGUAUUCAAUAAAAUCAUACAAAUGCGUGUGGACC